AUCGGUGCAGUUUCAGGCGAAUGCGGCUGCCGGCAGCAUGGACUUGCUACUGUAUGUGCACGUGGAUGCAGACCAUUUUGUAAUAACCACAACAGCGCAAGAAACUAUCAUGGACGUGAUACAGCGGUCUGAAGCCGCGUAUGCGUCGCUGUUCCGCACGAAGCCACCAUUGACGAUCGAUGCCAUCAAGAACGAUGCCGGAUGCUUUUUACCUGCGUCGCUUGCUGUGGGGCAAAUCCUACAUAACGGGGCGCAUGUAUCGGUCGUCGUCAAUGCGUCCAGCCCUCAAACGGGCGCGACUGUACCCCUCGACUGCACAAUCCCACGAUUGUUUGCCACGUGGAAGCAAUGGCAGCUUUACUUUGCGCAGGCACUUUGCGCCAUCGCCCAACGGAACGAUGAAUUGAGCAAGGAAACGAUCACACGCUUCGAGGUGGUGUCGCACUUGUCGUCGUUGUGCUCAUCAACAAAUGGCCAGAUUCUCCAUCUGACCCUGGACUGCGUCGAACGAUGGUUGUUGGUCAUUGCCGUCGACGAAUCGACCAUCCUUUUUGCUCAACUCUUGGUGACCAAACACGUCCUGGCCAGUGCACCACUGCUCGCUCGUGUUCUCCAACUUGUCGACGUAUUUGCAAGAUCCAGUCGAGAGGCACAGCUAAGCUUGAUCGCGCAUGAUAUGAAUACCCGCCUCAUCGACAUCUCAGCCACUUGUCCCCACGUCACGUCCAUCGUCGAGCCGAUCGUUGCAACCCUUCAUGCGCUAUCGAUGCGCCAGCGACGUGCACCUGCUUCUUCAUCAAGCAUGACCACGACUUUCCCACCGCCCAUGGCGAUUCAAGAGCUGCUGUAUUGCAUGCAUGGGAAGCAGCGACACAGCCAAGAUGUUGCCACACAGCAGCUCGUCCACCUGUCCGAAUCCCAGGAAAAAUGGCAGGGUGCAGUAAAAGGCGCCGAUGCUGCUUUCUUUGCCGAGCUGUUGCACGUCACAACGAUGGCCUACGCCCCUGGUGACACGCUCUCUGAGGCACUGGUCACUCGUGUUCUCCAGGCCAUGACCAACGUCAUUUCGUUCCAGCCACAGACUCUUGUCGUUCAAGACCCGAAUGCCAUUGACGCCCUCGUCACGAUCGGCCAUCAAUCGACCUUCGCUGCGCCAUUAAGACAGCAAGCAGCCAUUAUCCUACAGCAUGUCGUCGAAAGACAGGGUCAUCUGGGGUAUUCGAAUGUUGCUGGUUUGGUAGGGCUCCUCCAAAGCACCGACCCCCUCGCUCAGGCCGUGGGCGCCGCCGCUCUCUUGGCUGCACUUGACGGCAAGGCCAAGGUGAAUCCGUCGAACACACAUGAAGCGGUACUCUACGAAAUGUGCUCAUGUCACGUCCCGGCGCUUGUCGACGCUCUUUACGCAUCAGCUGUGCCGACUCGAGUAGCUGUUCUACAAGUGCUAAACGUAUUGCUGCAAGAAGAAGAUGUGCGACAGCUCGUCGUCGUCGAUCUCGGGUGCAUUCCCGCAUUUGUGUCGAUAUUCCUCGACAUGAAGGACGUCGAAGGCCAACGACAGGCUGUCAAGGCUCUUUCCAAGAUCGCACUCUCCAGGUACUGCCUCGUUUGUCGUCAGCGAACUCUCAUGCAUGGCCAUCACGGUGCUCAGCCGUGACCGCCACCACGAAGUGGCCAGCGCCAUGGAGUACGUCGUGUCACGUAGCGCGUUCACAGACAGCGUCGUGGCCUUCUACCUCGAUUUGAUCGUACCGCCCACAGCAAUCCACGCGUCUUGAUCAUCGUCAUCGCUGUCGAUGUUUUGUCGUCGUCGGUUUCGUUUUCAGCCGUUUCACGUUGUGUGUAUAAUUUAAGAAUUUGGUUUAUGUAUAG